AUGCGUUACUCUUUCUACCUCGGAGCUGCGCUCGCAGCCUCCGUCACGACCGUUUCCGCUGAGGCCGGUUGCACCAACGACGGCGGCAACUGGUACUGCGAGGCCGUUGACCUCAUCAAGUACGCCGGCUUCAAGACCUCCGGCACCUACGAUGAGGUUUCCAGCAUGGACGCCGGCUCCAUGACCUGCGGCACCCAGUCCAAGUCCUACGACAGCGCUUUCGGCCCUCUCGGAGAGGAGCUGUCUAUGCACUUCCGUGGUCCAUUGAACCUGCACAACGUUGCCGUCUACAACUUGGGCUCCGAGACUUCCAAGCGCGACCUCAAGCCAUCCAUCCACGAGCGUCGCCACGGCCACUCCCACCAGCGAUUCCACGAGAAGCGCGCCGUCGGAGACAAGGUCGUCGCCACCAUCAACGGCCAGGUCGUCUCCUGGACCAACGAGUACGGUGGUGGCGCCCCCGCUGCUCCCACUCCUGCUCCCGGCUCCAACGACCCCCAUGUCAAGAGCACCGGCGGUGAUUCCUACGACAAGCCCAAGUCCCCAUCCAAGGGCAGCUCCAAGGCUCCCACCAUUCCUGCUGGCAAGUGGGGACGUGUUGCCUACUACAGCUCCGAGUCUGGUGAGAGCAACGGCCUCACUUUCUUGAACAACGAGGGUGCCUGGGCCAAGGGUGUCACUCAGGCCUUCGGAUGCGCUCUCUCUCUUGCUGCUGAUAACCUCUUCGGCAUCGCCAGCACCCCAUCCACCCCCAAGGAAUCUUCCGUCCCCGAUGGCAAGGAGAUCAUCAUUAUGACCGACAAGCAGUGCGAUGGAGACAGCUGUGGCUUCACCCGUCCUGGUGCCACUGCCUACCACGGCUUCGGUGGUCAGGAUAAGAUCUUCCUCGUCAAGCUCGACAUGCCCUACACCGGCAAGCGCUCCGACUCCAUCUACAACCCCGUCGACAUGCCUGCCUUCUGGCUCCUCAACGCCAAGAUCCCGCUCGUCUCCCAGUACCCUCCAAACCCCAAGUGCACUUGCUGGCCCAACUGCGGUGAGUUCGACGUCCUCGAGGUUCUCGCUCCAGGUGACCGUCGCUGCAAGUCCACCUACCACACCGAGCAGCCUCACUCCGGCGGCUCCAGCUACUACUUCGACCGCCCAACUGAGCCAACCACCGUCGCCGUCGUCUUCAACUCUGGCGACAAGACCCUCUACGUCAAGGUUCUCAAGGACAUGAAGGACUUCCCCGAGACCCUCGACCCCGAGGAAGUCAAGAAGAUCUGCAGCGACGUCCCCAAGACCAACGUCUUCGCCCUCGCCUCUUAA